CGAGUUAACCCUUCGCAGCCUGCAGCUCAAGUGCUGAGCCGAGCGCGAAUCAUUUAUUUACAUCCGCUUUCUCUCUCUCUCUCUCUCUCUCUGCCCCCCCCCUCCCCCCCGCAUGUGCAAGAAUGCACCUUGAUUGUGAGGAGUUGAAAGGCGAGCGGGUGAAAUGCACACGCUCAGGCUCAAAGUGUGAGCAAGUUCUCGGUUGAUGCAACCCACGAGGUCCAAUUUUUUUCCCCCCGGACGCGGUGCGCAAUUGUUGGAUCUACCGGAUUGCCAGAGGGAAUCUGCUUCAUGAACCGCUGCUUCAGGAAACUAUGCCCCAAACACCAAUUUUCCCAAGCAUGCUUGGCACCAGUUGUAGCGGACAUGUGCAUCCAGACAUGGAAGAAAAAUGUGGAGACCCAGUUUACCAGGAUGGCAGUCUAGUAUCAGGGUCCCUCGAGGUACUGAUUGAGCACUUGGUACCCACGGUCGAUUACUAUCCUGAUCGGACAUACAUCUUCACCUUUCUCCUGAGUUCCCGUGUCUUCAUCCACCCUCAAGAGCUGCUGGCAAAAGUCGGGCAAAUCUGUACCAAGCAGCUGGAAACGGGAUCGGAGGCGGAUAAGGCUAGGGUGAAGGAAUUUGUCCCAAAGAUCAUCCAGCUUCUGAGUGAGUGGACUGAAACAUUUCCACAUGACUUUCAAGAUGAGAAAUCGAUGAAGGAACUCAAGGAGAUUACUCACCAGAUAGCACAGUGCGAUGAGGAAAACUCCAGCGUGAAGAAAAGCAUUAGCCAGAUGACCCAAAGCCUGAUCCGCAACCUCUCAGCCCACAGCCAGUACCAGGAGGCACGGGAAAUAAUCAAGCCGUCAGUCACGGAUAAGCAGACCAUCUUGAAACCCAAGACUCAGUCCAGCCAGAAGGAUAUACUGAGCGUGUGCAAUGAUCCCUGUGUCUUAGCUCAGCAGCUAACCCAUAUCGAGAUGGAUCGAUUAAUGCACAUCACCCCAGAGGAACUGGUGCAUAUAUUCAACCACAUGGAUUCAAUGGACAAUCAUAAGAGCUGUCGCAGCGACAUCAAAAAGACGUACAACUUGGAAGCAUGUGACAACUGGUUUAAUCGGCUCAGUUCACUGGUAGCGACCGAGAUUUGCAGAGUUGGAAAAAAGAAACAGAGGACGCGGGUGGUUGAAUUUUUCAUCGACGUGGCAAGAGAAUGUUUCAACAUUGGAAACUUCAACUCCCUGAUGGCCAUCAUAUCUGGCAUGAACCUCAGCCCUGUUGCCAGACUGAAGAAAACUUGGUCGAAGGUCAAAAAGGCAAAAUUUGAAGUUUUGGAAAAUCACAUGGAUCCUUCCAGCAAUUUCUCUCACUACAGAACAGCUCUUCAGGGGGCUGUGCAGCGAUCCCAGACAGCGCACAGUAACCGUGAGAAGGUUGUCAUUCCAGUUUUUAAUCUCUUCAUCAAAGACAUCUACUUUCUGAAUAAGAUUCAUGCCAACAGACUGCCUAACGGGCAAAUUAACUUUAAGAAAUUCUGGGAAAUUGCCAAACAAAUCAGUGAGUUUAUGAUGUGGAAACAGGUGGAGUGUCCCUUCGAGAAGGACAAGAAGAUCAAAAACUAUCUCCUGACGGCUCCUGUCUACACAGAAGAAGCACUUUACUUGGCUUCAUUUGAGAGUGAGGGACCUGAGAACCACAUGGAGAAGGACAGCUGGAAGUCACUCAGGGCCACACUGUUGAACAGAGCAUGAAGCAACCACUUUGUACACACUGGACUCUGCGAAUCAUUUGCACUGCAUCAGAUUUUAGCUCCACUAGGAAGAGAAGAGACUUGGUUUGGUCACUUGCUUUAAAUUUGUAAAUUUGGUUUUGAUUCGGAUUCGGAUCGUGACUGUACAGAGAGAAAGUGGCCGAAUCUUGGGGCUUUGGUCCCACUGGCUGGGAUACGUUUAUUCAAUGCCUUUUACAGCAGACAUUGUGCUAUGACUUAAAGUCACUUGUAAAAUAAAUGGAAGACUACGAGAAGGCAGAAGACUGACUUUUGCCACGGGGCAGGACCCUUUAAUAAAGAGAAGCAUCAUGGGAGAUCCCUGGCUGCUGUUUCUAUGGAUACUGGUAGAAAUAGGACAAUGGCAGCCUGUGAGAAAUUCCUACUACUGUCAAUUCAUUCUUUGUUUUGUGACAACCUGCUGCUUCUGUUUGUGUGUGUGUGUGUGUGUGUGUGUGUGUGUGCACGCGCAUUUGCGUGCACGCAUGUGUGUAUGUACACACGUGAAUGAGACAAUGAGAGAUAGUGAGUUACGGGUAUAAACAGAACAGAAGGGACUAUAUUGCACCAGCCCAGAAUCCUACUGACUUAUGUAGGGACGGGGGAGAGGACAACGUUUAACCACACAAGAUUAUACAAGGCAGAGAGAUGAACAUCCAAUAUAGAGUAUGUACUGAUGUUUCUAGAUUGCAACUUAUAGACUGACCAUUUUGUGAUGUACUGGAUUGAAGCAGCCCCAGUACUUCGCCCAUUCAGAGUGUGCAGAUUUAUUUAAUGUUGUGAACUAUAACAUAUAGUUUCAUUGCUCUUACGGAUUGAAGAAUAUUUAUUUUGUGCAGUAUCCAUGUCCCACUUAAAAUGAAGGAAUCAUUUUUCUGCCCUACUGCACAGAUUGUUCUGUAUCACCUAAAGCUAGAUAUUCCCAAAAUCUGAGGAGCACCGUGAGCUUGCUGUACUGCAGUGAGUCCAUGCCACUGCCUCUCCAACUCAACCCCAUCUCACUACUGAGGCUUAUCUCAUUAACAGAAGCAUUCAUUCAAUAAAACUUCAACACUUUUGCAAUGUUUAACGUGCCUGACUUGCUGAGCAUCUUCUGCAUUUUCUGGCUCUUAUGUUAACAUCGAAAUGUUGUUAAAUCAGAAUUAAUUUUUAGAAAAUUUAAGUACUUCAAUUUCAAAUCAGAUGUCACCAAAACACACCCUCCCAGACUCUGCACAAGAGAUUAGUGCAGGAUUAUUGGUCAGGUACAGAUCAUGUCCCAUUUGGAAUAUUAUGCAUGGGAUGUGUGUGGAGGCUCUUAAAAUGCACAGUGGACAACAUGGCCCAUCUCCAGGGUUAGAUAGGAAAUUAAUGAUAAAGAACUUGAUGGACAAGGGCUUGUCAACAUUGGGGGAAAACCCAUCUGAGCUAUCCCUAAGAGGUUGGAAAAAACUUUCAGGGAACAAUGCCAGGAAGAAUUUUGUGCAGAGGUUGAUAAAUGGCUAGAAAAUGUUGGACUAAGAGAAGCGGGACCCGGGAGUCUUCAGCUGGAUGUUUAAUCUUAUUUCUGUGGCUGAAGAAGCUAGGUUAUAUAAGUCCAGCCUGUGAGACAUCCAAUCCACCAACUUAACUAUUGCAUUAAGUCUGUUGGUUCAAAAAUGAUUGUUCAGAACCAACCUGACCAGUAUAGAUGGUUUAGGUAUAUUAAACUAGUAUAAGUGGAUAAUUUGGCAUGGACACUUUGGGCCAGAGAGCUCGAUUCUGUGCUCUAUGACUCCAUAAACCCCUUAUGUGCAUGAGACGUGAACUAGCUCCAACGUCACUCUACAUCAUUUUACAGAAACAGUAGAGUGUUUCUCUUUCUACCAAGGGUUAAGGGUGGAUUCCUGGUCGUAUCCCCAGGUGUGGGUAUUCAAACUGGGUCUAACUAUAAUCCCAAGUAUUCAGCAAUUCAGAAUCUGAUCUAAAAAAUCUGUGAAUAAGGCUUGAGUACUGCAGAGAAUUGCAUAGGCGAGCUGGGAGAUACAUAGACUUUUACAAUGUGGUUUGUGACAAUCUCACUCUCUCUCCCUCGAGUCCCAUGGAAACAAAAUCAUAAUGGAGGGAGCUCCAAUUAUUCUACAACCUCAGCAAAACCUCUCAUUAGACUCACGCAUUAACCGCAGCUUGGGGAUGAGGGUAAAAAGAAAAAAGCCAAUUAGGUACUUUUGAAGUGUCGUCACUGGUGUAAUGUGAAUCAAAAUACUGUGAUCUUUUCAUCGGAAACGUGUACAGGAAGUUCUGGAAAUCCUCAGCAGGUCAGGCAGCACCUGGAGGAAGAGAAAAAAAGUUAAUGUUUCAGGCCGAAGACACUUCAUUAAGAUAUGCUUGAAUAGUUGAUGAAAGGUCAUCUCCCUCUCUUUCCCUUCCCCAAUCUGUUGUUUGCCCAAAGGUUUCAGGCCCAAAGAGUUCAUGCUAACUACAUGCUGACCCUACCAAUUGUCAUCCCCUAGCCCUGCCCCUUACACACACAUUGGUAAAGUAGGUGUCAGGGACCAGUGCUUAGUGUCAUCAUUAAAAGCUGCUCCCCUUCCCAUCUCCUCCAAUAAAUACAAAGUACCUACAUCACUCCCCUACCUUUGAUGAACAGCAAGUCUCACUGAAAAGAUUGUUAGAGAGACUUGUGCUCAUGUGGCAUGAAGCUGUUCGUAAAGCACAUUGGAUUUAGUCACAUGUAACCAGGAAAGCUUCUGCUCCAUUAAGGUCAAAGACCAUUUCGUCCUUGUUGGCUUUGACAUUAUAACCCAUCCAAUCAUUCCUUCCUCUGGCUGGAGAACUGCCAUUGGUACACACCACACCCUGGCAGACCCUGGGGCCUCAGAAUAUUUGCCCAAAAAGUGCAUAAACACAGCUAAAGGAAGUCACAGCUGCAAGUUUUUUUUAAUCUUUGCAAGGACAGUGCUUUUGUCUGGAUUUAUUGACUCAUGGCACCCAGUGAGAUUAUUGUAUGCAGCCAAGGACAAGAAAUCAUUCAACAAAUCCUUAAGGCAUUUUCUGAAGCUCUCCCCGUGCAUUUAAAACUUUUAAAGAAUAUUUAACAAGCACAUUUUGUGAUUCUGCUUACAGUGAAGUGGAACAGCAUCUAAAUUGACAGAGUAAAUGGCAGCUCCUUCUUAGAACAUGGGUUGGGUGCAUGUGCAAAAAUAGUUUGUGGGUUCCUGCUUUGUGACGAAGAGGCCGAUACAGCAGCACUCAGAAAGUCCUUGCUUCAGUGUCACUUGGGCAGAUGGCUAUCACAGAAAAGAGACGAGCAUCAGCACAGCUCCCUCUUGCAUCUAUCCUGCAACUUAAUACAAGGUCAAAUCUCUAUAUUCGCCCCCUCCCUUUAAAAGAUAACAACUCCCUUCAUUUUCUUGCAUGGGAGACAUUUUACCCACCCUCAAAGAAAAAGCAGCACUCCUGAAAAUGAAUCUUUUAUUUUUUUGUUUCCCCCUCUGGCGGGUUUAUGUGUUCAAAAGCACUGAAUGCAUCAUGCAACGGUCUCGAUGUUUUAAUUGUUGGUUUUUAUAAAGAUACAAACACA